AUGCAAAUUCAAGCGUUUAUCUUCUGCGGAAGGGGUGAAAACUUAUCGCCUUUUUCGCAAUUCAGUGCAGAUGAGGUCAGUAAUAGUCAUGGUCUUCCCAAAGCAUUGCUCCCUGUUGGAAACCGAAUGAUGAUCGAGUAUGUUUUAGACUGGUGUAAUCAAGCGGAUUUCAAGGAAAUCAAUGUUGUUGCGCAUUCAGAUGACAUUGAUCUUAUCCAACAGGCUCUGGAGCCCUACAUGGCAUUGAGAGAGCAACAGUAUGAAAUAAUUUCCAAGUCUUUGUCGAGCUCAAUGCAUAUUCAUUAUUUGCAGAAACCUCGCGCCAUAAAUUUUCUGGCCACCAAGGGCCAUUCAACAGGUGAAACGCUUCAAAAGGAAUUGCUCAGUAAGAUUACCACGGACUUUGUUUUACUUCCCUGUGACUUUAUCACGGAUAUACCGCCGCAAAUUUUUAUAGAUCAGUUUCGAAACAGGGAUCCUGAGAAUAUAGCGUUGACAUUUUAUUACAAGAACGCUUUAGAAGCUGCUGACAAGAAGUCAAUCGGGAAGCAGUUCUUUACUCUCUACGCAAAAAAUGAAGAUUCCGAAAGUCGACCAGUCCUGCUUGACAUCUACUCCAAAGAUGAUGUCAAGAAAUCGAAAAAUUUGAAAAUUAGAACGCAUUUACUUUGGAAGUACCCAAAGACCACUGUAUCGACGAAGGUGUUGAGCGCAUUCAUUUACUUUUGCUCCUUUGAACUUUCGCAUUUACUUUCCAUCAAAGAAACAAAGGAAGAUCAGAAAAGCUCUGGUGGUGAAGAAGAGAUCAUUUCAAAUCAAGUUGCCACAGAGAUCAAACCAAGCUAUUUCAGAACAGAGAAUGAGUUAGUUAAGGAUUUCAUAAACUGUAAUAAAUCCCUUGGAAAAGUCUUCAGAGAUUUGGCGAGACGUUCAUGGAAACAUUCCACACCAAGGGAAACGGUUGGCAUUUUCAUAUUACCCGAAUUGGGAACCUUUGUAAGGGCUAAUAAUUUGAAUGCGUUUAUGGAAGCUAAUAGAUUUAUCCUCAAGAUUAAAGUGCAGGCAUCAGCAACAAAUACACAAACCACAACAGCUGGUGCCUCAGCAAUUGGUGCAGAUGCCAUUGUGGGUUCUAAUUGUACAAUUUUGGAGAAGAGUAAUAUCAAGCUUUCUGCCGUUGGCGCUGAUUGUAAAAUUGGUAAUCGUUGUCGUAUUGGUGGCUCUAUUUUGUUAAAUGGCGUCACCAUUGAAGAUGAAGUAAUACUUGAAAAUUGUAUCAUUGGUCCGCAUGCCAAAAUUUCGAAGAAAAGCAAGCUGACAAACUGUUACGUGGAAGGCUCUUAUAUUGUUGAUACAAGAAGUGCUUUGAAAGGAGAGACCUUAACGAAGAUCAUCUUCGAUGAUUCUGAUGACUUAUCAGAUGACGAUGGUGCGGAAAGCUCAAGUGAAGGAGACGAGGACGAAUAUAUAGAAGAGUAUUAUGAUGACGAUGACUUAGGUGAGGACUUAUUUCAACGUUAA